CCCGGAUGCGAUCGAGGCGGACACGCCGCACCGACAUGCGACAGCUCGGCUCUGCUGGCAUCGCGGCGACUCGGUGACGGACCGACGGGACGGAGAUCACCGGACCAUCGGGCUCUUUUCUCUAAGAUGAGAGAAGGCUGGCUGGCAGCUCCAGAGAGGACUAAAGCAGCCUGGGAGGAAAGCUAACCCACGAAUGGCCUGCCAGUCUGUCGCUGCCAUCAUGGACGAGCAGGCCCUGCUGGGGCUCAACCCGAACGCCGACGCCCUCUACAGGGAGCGGGCCAUGGUUUACUUCGAGCAGCUGAAGGAGUCCCAGGAUGCCUGGGAGGUGUGUGCCGAGGCGCUGGCCAAGGGCGUCUACAGUGACGACCACGUGAAGUUCUUCUGCCUGCAGGUGUUGGAGCAUCAGGUGAAGUACAGACAUGCGGCCCUGACUGCAGGCCAGCAGCAGCUGAUCAGAGAGACUCUGAUGAAGUGGCUCCAGUGUCAGCUGAUGAACGCCGAGCCGGAGAAGUCGUUCAUCAGGAACAAGGCGGCGCAGGUGUUCGCCCUGACCUUCGUCAUGGAGUACCUGACCCUGUGGCCCAAGUUCUUCUUCGACCUGCUGACCCUGGUGGGCCUGAACCCGCUCGGCCUGGACGUCUACCUGCGCACGCUCAUGGCCAUCGACGCCGAGGUGGUGGACCGCAACAUCCUGCACUCGCCCGAGGAAACUCGCAGGAACACGCUGAUCAAAGACACCAUGAGGGAGCAGUGCAUCCCGGCCCUGGUGGAGUCCUGGUUCCAGAUCCUCAGCACCUACCAGCACACACACCCCGAGCUCACCUGCCAGUGCCUGGAGGUGGUGGGGGCCUACGUGUCCUGGAUCGACCUCAACCUCAUCGCCAACGAGCGGUUCGUGACCCUGCUGCUGAGCCACAUGCAGGUGGAGGACCUCAGGGAGGAGGCCUGCGACUGCCUGUUCGAAAUCGUCAACAAGGGAAUGGACCCGGUGGACAAGACCAAGCUGGUGGAGUCUCUGUGCCGAGUGCUGCAGUCAGCAGGCUUCUUCAACCUGGAGCAGGAGGAGGACGUGGACUUCCUGGCGAAGUUCUCGCGGCUGGUGAACGGGAUGGGGCAGGGCCUGGUGGCGAGCUGGAGCCGGCUGGCGAAGGCGGGCAGCGCGGAGGAGGCGCGGGAGGCCCUGGAGGCGCUGGAGGCCAAGGUGCCGCUGCUGCUGCAGCUGCUGGUGCACGAGGACGACGACAUCUCCGCCAACGUGGUGGGCUUCUGCUACGAGUACCUGCACGUCCUCAAGCAGCUGCCUCAGCUGAGCGACCAGCAGAAAGGGAACAUCGAGGCCAUCAUGCUCGCCGUCAUGAAGAAGCUGCCUAACGACGACGAGUACAACUUCGACAACGAGUGAGGCGAGGACGAGGCCAUGUUCGGGGAGUACCGGAAGCAGCUGAAGAUGCUGCUGGACCGCCUGGCGCAGGUUUCCCCGGAGCUGCUGCUGGAGGCCGUGCGCCGCGUCUUCACCAACACCAUGCAGACCUGGCAGACGGCGCCCUUCAUGGAGGUGGAGGUGGCGGUGCGGCUGCUCUACAUGCUGGGCGAGGCGCUGCCGGCGGCGCACGGCGCGCAUUUCUCCGGAGACACGGCCAAGACCAGCGCCCUGCAGGACAUGAUGAGGACGCUGGUGACGUGUGGCGUCAGCAGCUACCAACACUCUUCGGUGUCGCUGGAGUUUUUUGAGACGAUCGUUCGAUACGACAAGUUUUUCAUCGUGGAGCCGCAGCACAUCCCCAACGUCCUGAUGGCGUUUCUGGACCAGAGAGGUUUGAGGAACAACAGUCCGAAGGUCCGCAGCAGAGUGUCCUACCUGUUCUCCAGAUUCAUCAAGACCCUGCAUAAACACAUGAACGCCUUCGUGGAGGACAUCCUGACCAGAAUCCAGGACCUGCUGGCGCUCGCGCCCCCGGAGAACGGCUUCCCGGCGCUGCUGACGAGCGACGACCAGCUGUUCAUGUUCGAGUCGGCCGGCAUCCUGAUCGUGAACGGCGAGAGCCCGGCGGAGCGCAAGCAGGCGCUGAUGCGCAGCCUGCUGACGCCGCUGGUGGACGCCUUCCGCCUGCUGCUCGCCAAGCUGCCGACCGAGACGGACGAGGAGCGGCAGGCCGCGCUGGCCGACUGCCUCAGCCACGCCGUGGGCUUCGCCAGUCGGACGAGCAAGGCCUUCAGCAACAAGCAGACGGUGAAGCAGUGCGGCUGCACCGAGGUCUACCGCGACUGCCUGCAGGCCUUCCUGCCGGCGCUGAGCUGCCCCGUCCAGCGGGGGGCGCUGCGCAGCGCCGUGCGCUCCUUCCUGCACCGCAUGAUCAUCUGCCUGGAGGAGGUGCUGCCCUUCGUCCCCGCCGCCUCCGAGCACAUGCUGAAGGACUGCGAGGCCAAAGACCUGCAGGAGUUCAUCCCGCUCAUCAGCCAGAUCACCGCCAAGUUCAAGCGGCAGGUGUCUCCCUUCCUGCAGCAGGUGUUCAUACCGCUGGUGCUCGCCAUCUUCGAGGUGCUGGCGCGGCCGGCGGAGGAGAACGACCAGGCGGCGGCGCUGGAGAAGCAGAUGCUGCGGCGCAGCUACUUCAGCUUCAUCCAGGCCAUCACCGGCAGCGGCAUGAACGAGGUCAUGGCCAACCAGGGGGCGGAGAACAUCGAGCGCGUGGUCUUCACCAUCAUCCAGGGCGCCGUGGACUUCCCCGACCCGUGGCCCAGAAGACCUGCUUCAUCAUCCUCAACCCGGCUGGUGGAGCUGUGGGGCGGCAAGGACGGCAUGGUGGGCUUCCCCGACUUCAUCUACAAGAACAUCGUCCCCGCCUGCUUCCUGGCGCCGCUGAAGACGACCUUCGACCUCAGCGACGCCCAAACCGUGCUGACGCUGUCAGAAUGCACGCUCACCUUGAAGAUGAUUCAUCUCAACGCCCCCCCAGGGUGCGGAUUGCUGCAGUUCUUGCAGCAGGAAUAUUUACCGUCUCUUCAGGUUUCUCCUGAAAUCUCUCAGGAGUUGUGUCAAGUCCUCCAGCAGCCGGACGUCAAGGUUUUAAAGAACUACAUGAAGGCGUUCUUCCAGCGAGCGAAGCUUUAGUUCCCGAAACCCAACCGGAGGUUUCUCCUCCCACCUCCUGAACUCUUGAACCUGAAACUGAAUAACUGGAACUUACGUGGGAGCUGUCCGCACCUGAACGCAUCGCCGGAGAGCACCGGCCAAUCACAUCGCUGCUCCGCUGACAGGAGGCGGGGCUGAACGAGGAGCAGACCCAUCUCUGACCGGAGAGACUCUGAAGGGCUGAAACUUUAUUUUUCCACGUUUUUUCUCUUCUUGGUUUCCUUUUUUUAACGUGCCGAGCAGCGAUUGGUCGGUUCCCGGGCGCCGUCGGCUCGUUGUGCUCUGAUUGGUCGAGGACGGCAGGUGAGUCUGAGAUGGAGACGAAGUAUCAGGAACAAAGUGUAAAUAAGAGAAUACGGUGUUAAAAUGUGUAAAUAUGCGAAUGAAAACGCCUUUAGGUUUUAGUUUUUUUUAAAUUUUCCUUUGCCUUCGUACGGAAGCCCGUCGGUGCCAAAAAGCAGAAAAACCUCCGGCGCCGUGAUCGAACACCAAACAGAAUCUGACGCCUGAGUUUUGGAGCUCAGAAGUGUUUGAAUGAAUUGAAGCCGAACACUUCGAGUUUGUUUGAUUUAGUUUGUCAGAAACUGAAGUUAAAGUUCGGAGAAGUUGAUUCUUUGACUUAAUUACUCCUCAAACAUUUUCAGCUUUUCUUCAGUUUCUGGAUCCCAGUUUUCUUCUCAUUUAAGUCAUAAAUUAAAAGAAACAUCUCGUUUUAUUAAUCUUAUUUAGAUUUCUGAUUUAUUUUCCGAAUAAAACUUGAACAGUAUCUGUAAUUUUGCCAAACAUUAAAAAAAAGAUGUACUGUUUAAUAUUUCCUGUCGUUCUCAUUUUCUGUUUUCAAUUUUUUUUAAUUCUGAGAUUCAGAAACAGGUCAAUUUGUAAUUUUGAAUUCAUGAUCUAAACAUUUCAGAUUUUCAUUUUUUUGGGAGAAUUUUGAGCUUGUGAGAAAGUAAAGACUUGCAGUGUUUUUUAUUUAUAUCGUUGUAUAAACCUUCCAAAUGUUUUGCUUCUGCGUUGAUUUUUAUUAAGUAGACUGUUAUAGCUUUAAUGAAACAAAGAAAAAUCGUUCAAUCUUUAUCUUUAUACGUAUUAAAGUCAUUUUUUACUUAAUGGACUUUUCUCAGACGUCCUCUUUCAUUUUAUUUCUCUGUUUUGGCGCUGAUGGGCUUCCGUAUGAAUCCAGAGCGGCUGAUAGGAAUCAGAACCUGCCGGGUUCUGUGCGACGGCCACAGAUCCACUUUCCCCGACAGUUCCGGAGAUUUUCCAGGAAAGUUGCCUUGAAUUGAGGGAAGUGCCGCGACACUUUGUUUAAGUGAAAAUGGAGAAAAAGAAAAAAAGAAUUGCUUCAGAUUUUUGUUGGAAAUCAUCAAAUUCCCUUAAAACUGAAAACGUUUUUCUUUCCGAAGCCCUGAAAGACUCACAAUCAUGUUGUUUAAUUUCGGACGAGUUUUCAGUCACUUGAUGAAUUGAUACUUUAGCUUUUUCAAUAUAAAAUGUAAAUAAUAUUUUCACACUAAAGCUGCGGUCCUCGGCGUCUCCAGUCGUUACGCUAAGCUAGGCCAGUCGGCCUGGAACCAAACUACCAGAAAAUGUCAGAUUUUAAAAACACGUUUUUGAUUUUCUCAGCAGCGGUAGAAGCUUCCCUUCUGUUCAGUGAACUUAAAGGUUUUGUUUCUUUGAGAGUUUCCUUACAGGGUUUACAGCCGUUUGCCCCUUUCCAGUCACUGCUGAGUCCGUUUAUGCAAAAUAUAUAAAAAAAAAAAAAGGUUUUACCUUGAAAACAUGCAUGUCUGCAACCAAACGACAGAUAAAGGGAUUCAUGCAGAAUUACUGUAAUAUUUAUGCAAUAUUUUUGGAAAAUAGAACAUGAUAGAAAUGAGAUUUUCUUUCAAUCUGAGCUGUUAAUGAAUUUGGUGUUGGCGCUCUGGGCUCAGCGCAGACUCUCAGCAGAAGGAAGGAAAGCCUAAAAACCCGACAGACGAAGCAGCAGCAGGUUUCUUUUCCUUUGUGUCCCCGUGGGGGGUCGGCCCGGCGCCUCCACGCUGCACGUCCCGGUUUAUUCCUGAACGAACGUGUGAAGUGGAAGAAUCUGCCAAACGAAUGAUCUGAUGCCGAAAUGUGUUUAUUUGGAGGAACCUUCAGUUUGAACCUUUGUUUAGAACCAAUAAAGUGUUUACUCUUC